UUGAAAUUUACUCUUUUCAAAGAAUUUCCGGUCAAACGUCAUUUCGAUUUCACCACAUGGUCACAGAUUUAAUAUCUAAACAACUGUUUAGAGUUUAUCGUAAUGGAAUACACGUUUGAAAGUAAACCGGGUACUACCGGAUUUAUAUUAUGUUGUCAAUGUGGGACCCAGAUAGAACCAAAUCCUUCCAACAUGUGUGUAGCUUGUCUUAGAACACAAGUUGAUAUAACAGAAGGUAUUCCUAAACAGGGUGUGUUGUACUUCUGUAGAAAUUGUGAAAGAUAUCUACAACCUCCUAACCACUGGGUGGCUGCACAGCUAGAAUCUAGAGAGCUGUUAUCUGUUUGUCUGAAGAAACUUGGUGGUGGACUCAAGACUGUUAGACUGAUAGAUGCAGGAUUUGUUUGGACAGAACCUCAUUCACAGAGAAUUAAAACUAAAUUGACAGUACAGAAAGAGGUUCUCAAUGGAGCAGUUUUACAGCAGGUGUUUGUUGUGGAAUUUAUUGUCAAGAAUCACAUGUGUGACGAUUGCCACAGAGUGGAGGCUAAAGAUUUCUGGAGAGCCUGUGUACAAAUCAGACAGAAGACAAAGCACAAGAAGACAUUUUACUAUCUAGAGCAGAUUAUUAUGAAGCACAAGGCCCAUGUGAACACAGUCAACAUUAAACCAUGCCAUGAGGGUUUAGACUUCUUCUACAUACAACCACAGGAUGCUAGAAAGUUGGUAGACUUCCUCAACACAGUCGUACCAUGCAGAACACAGACGGCAGAGGAAUUGAUAUCCCAUGAUAUCCACAAUAACACGUUUAAUUAUAAACACACCUUCUCUGUGGAGAUCAUACCUAUUUGUAAGGAUAAUAUUGUGUGCCUGCCUCCGAAGUUAGCUCAGACACUUGGAAACAUUAACCCACUGAGUUUGUGUUAUAAAGUUACCAACACAAUACAUGUUAUAGAUCCUACUUCACUUCAAGUGGCAGAAGUAAAAUGUCAACAGUAUUGGAGAUAUCCAUUUCUUAAUGUGUGUGAACCUAAACAGCUGGUCGAGUUCAUGGUGAUAGAUGUAGAAAUAGUGGCAGAUAAAGACAAACCAAAUAAAACUCCUGUGUCUCAUAAGCAUGUUUUAGCCAACGUUUGUGUGAAUCAGGUGACCAGUACUGGACUAAGUGAUCAGCAGUAUUUCUGUAGAACACAUCUAGGUCAUUUACUGCAUCCUGGAGACUCAGUUUUAGGGUUUAACUUUACUAACUGUAACCUGAAUCACGCAGAGUUUGACAAAAUGAAGGCUGACAAGAUCCCAGACGUGAUGUUGGUGAAAAAGAUAUUUGGAAACAAGAAUUCGAGAAAUAAAAAGAGGAAAUGGAAACUAAAGCAUCUCCAUGACGACCUUCAUGCAGAUACAUCUAGCAAUGAAAGAGAUUAUACUGACUUCCUUGAGGAUCUAGAAGAAGAUGAGGCUUUCAGAAAGAAUGUGGAUAUAUAUAAAGAUGCUGACAAGCUUGCAGUUGAUGCAGAUGACACAGAUGAUGAAGAAUGUCCACAGAUCAGUCUCCAAGAGAUGCUUGAUGAUUUACAUAUCUCUACCGAUGCUACUGGGCCCGAUGGAGCAGACAUGAUGAUGGACUGAUAUUUUAAUUUGUUUUGGUUACAAAAAUAUUUUUUGUAAUAUAUGAUAAAAAAUAUGGGUAUUCUUUAGAGGUUAUUGAUGUGAAAAAUUAGCUGUUUGAUUACCUCACAAACUGUUUAGAAUUUCUAAAGGACAUGUGUUGAGUUUGUGAGUCAGGGACUAGUUUACAUAUCAAUACACUUCAGAAAAAUUGUGUAUUCUCAACCCAAAUAUUUGAAGAAAAAGAAAAAAUCAAGAUUCAAUCUUUUAAGAAACCCAGGAAUCUAUUGAUCUGUAUUGAGCUUGAAUAUAUAUCUCAGUGAAAUCAACAUGGAGUCAUAAGAUAUAGAAGUAGUUUGUUAACGAAAACAAAAAUCUUGACAUAAUAAAGGUUGUACAAAUUACCAGUUUUGUAAAGUUUUUUCCCAACAUUCUAACAAUAAUACAUUUCCUUUGCUAUUUAUUGAUAGUUAAAGCAUAUAACUGUUAUCUGAUUAAAAUGUUUACUUGUUUAUGACCCAUUAUCUUUAGUAUCAGCUUAAUAAAUGAUUCAAGAUUUGUAUCUGUUUUUACUUCUAAAUCACCUAUUAACAUUACACAUAUAUGUUAUUGCAUAUAUUGAAGAAGAGCUUUUGUUUUACGGAUUUAAGUUUUUUGUUAUGGAAAGUUUAGUAUUUGAAACCUAUGUGAUUGAUUGAAAGUGUGUUACACCAUUUCAAAACUAUUGGCUAUAUUGAGGCUGUCAGUUUUAAUAUUUUGAGGGAUUUGUACUGACCACUGAUCUUCGAAAAACCAAAUAUAAAACUUUUAACUUUCAUAGCUUAAUUUCUUUCUUCUUGUAGAUAAAGCAAUUGACUAUUUAAGAUUCUAAUGCAUUAAAUGUUAUUUAUUUUUAAAUUAUGAUCAUUUAGUGAUACUGUGAAUUAAUUUUUAUUCUUUCAAGACUAGUUUUGGUGAGCAAUAAUGAAUUUUAAUGUUAAUUUAAGUACAAAAUUUCUAGCUGCCUGUGUUCAGAAUUUGGCAAAACUGCACAAUCAAAUAUCAUUCAGAUUACAAUCCUGUUUUGAAUCCAUAGUAUUUUAUAAUCUGUCCCUCAUUGUUUCCUUAAAUGAGGACAAUUACAAUGGUCUUAUUAUAAAUUUAACAAGCUUGAUAAUAUCAUGUACAAACAAAAGAUAUGUAAUAAACUUCUAUAUCUUA